CAUCACUCACGCUCGACCCUACCUCCUCGUAUCGUAAAAUAAAAUCCCCACCGCAGCCGCCGCAGCCACCGGUGACAUCGCCGGUCGCCGCGUCGCUUCCCUCCACUGGGCCACCACGCAGUACCGCGCACGCUUCGCCUCCUCGAACUCACGCUCCCCGUGCCUGAUGCCGCCAUAGCCGAAACUCUGAAGCCCUAAACCUCCCGAAACGAUCAUGGAUGAGCUCGUGUCGGCGGCGCUGGAGGAGGUGUGCGCGCGCCUCGCGCCGGGGAUCCCCGUCGUGGACCUAUGGCCGGCGCUCCGCGGCGCGCUCGAUGCCACGGGCCUCCCGCUAGGCCCAUCAGUCAAGCGCGCGCUGUGGGCUCGCAUCCUUGCGCUCCGCGUCGUCAGCCUCGUGGAGGGGGCCGGGGACGGGGUGCCCGUCUCUGCCGGCGACCCCGCGGAGACGGACUUCGAGGAGGCCGAGCGGCGGGGCAUGCGGCUCGUGGCGAGCGCGGCGAUCAGGGACAACUUCCUGGGGUUAUACGAGCGCAGAUUCGCGAAAUCGGAGUUCAGUGCCGUCCAGAAGGCGACGUUGGAGUGUGUUGCUGCAAGCAGGACUUCUGGGGUAGCGCAGAGUGAACUUUGCAAAAAAUUUAAAAUGAAAGGAAAUAAUUUCCAUUUUAUUGCAAAGAGUCUUGAAUCACAGCGGCUAAUAGUUAGACAAUCAACUAUAAUAAAGGUGAAGGACCACGGAGCUGAGAGGGAAGAUGCCUCACAGAAUAAACAUGUUGUCAAUACCAAUUCACUAUAUCUCUCCCGAUAUGCCAAGGACUUGAACAUGACUUCACAGCAAAGAAUUGAGAUUACAAAGCCUGAACUACUUGGGAGCAAUGAAGAGACCAAUGUAGAUGUUUUCCAAGAAGAUGGAACUUUUGAUGUUAACUCCAAGAAUGAUAUAUCUAUUCAUGAUUAUCUUCCAGCAAUGAAAGCCAUAUGUGAUAAACUUGAAGAAGCAAGCGGAAAGGCUCUUGUUGUCUCAGAUAUAAAAGUCGAUCUCGACUACAGGAUGGCAUAUGGGCACAGAGCAUGGAGAAAUGUAUUGCAUAGGCUAAGAGAUGCACAACUUGUUGAGACAUUUGAUGCUGAAGUUGAUGAUAAGGUUGUCCGCUGUUUGCGUCUGCUGAAAAAAUUUGAUCCAAAUGAGUUUCAGUCAAAAUGUAUAGCCUCAAAUUUUAAAUUUGUCAAAAAAGGUCAGGCAACUGAUCAAAUUUUGGAACUUCCAUUAGAGAACUGUAUAUAUGAUAUGAUCAGUGCCCAAGGGACAAAAGGUAUUACACUUGUUGAGAUUGGCAAACGUCUUGGACUCAACAAUUCAAAAAAACUUCAUAAACGAGUAUCAUCCAUGCUAAAAAAAUUCGACCUAACAUGGGAAGCAGAAGUUCCAGACAAGACAUCACAGUACCGAAUUUGGACUUCAAAAAACUUCUCACUCUACAAAGCUGGUACUGCUCUGCAAACUUUUGAGGCACUAUCAGAAGACUGUGAUGAUUGUUCGGAUUUGUGGUCCCUAGUUCCAACUAAAGGUUUGGAUACUUUGGAAUCACCUAGUUCACAUGGAAAACUACUCUUGCUUGAAGAAGAGAACCAUGACGAACCAGUUGGACAUCAUAUCCAGAAGGACCAGAACGACCUUGAUGCUUCUGCUGUAGUUUCUCAGUUAGUUGAAGAAGAUAAAGUUACUUUGGGUCAGAGGAGGAGGCGUCGGUGCCGUCCAUUAACUUCUGAUGAUCAACGCCAUAGAAGGAUUCUACACAUGUUAAAGAAGAAGAAAUUUGUACUGAAGGUGGAGUUACAUAAAUGGUUAGAACGUCUUGAAAAGAAGGAUGGAAAAAUAAUGGAUAGGAAGACAUUGACUCGCACGUUGAAUAAGCUUCAGCAAGAGGGAAGCUGUAAAUGUAUCAAAGUCAGUGUUCCCUUGGUCACAAACUAUACUCGCAGUCGUCUCAUUGAUGUAAUACUGCAUUCUUCUGUUGGAGACUUGUCACCAGAACUUGUGGACCAAUUUAGGAUCAGACAAAGGAACUUUGACACUCAAUCUCGCGCAGGUGCAGCAGCUAAAGUGAAGCAAAAUCAACAUAUGACUGCCAUACCUGGCCUGAGGAUUUCACGCAGGGUUAAAGUUUACAAACCAUUACUAUUAGAAGCUAUGUAUGCAAAUGGAUUCAUAGGUGCAAAGAUGAUUCGAGCAAAGUUAUUCCAUAAAUUUCUGUGGGCUUAUGUCAAUUCUUUGCCAAGUUGGUGCAAUGCCUUUAGUUGCGCCAAAGAAGGGCAUUAUGAUAAGAGCCUUAAUCAAUCAUGCCUGUUAUUUUCUAUGGAAGAAGCCAUGAAAGAAAUGCCCCUUGAACUCUUUCUACAAGUAGUUGGGUCAGCAAAGAAGAUUGAUAACAUGAUAACUUGUUGUAGGCUUCAAAAAACACUUUCAGAAAUACCUACCGAGGAAUACAAUCAGCUCAUGGAUACUCAUGCCUAUGGUCGACUCUCACGUUUAGUAAAUAUUUUGGACAAGCUCAAGCUGGUUCAGUUUGCAAAAGAAUUCUUAGAAGAUGCUGGUGUGCCGUCAAAUGCCAUGUCUACACAUUUGAUGGAGCUCAGGCCUUACAUCGAAGAACCUAUACCAAAAAUUCUUCCAUCUUCCCAACUGAACAAUCAUCGGAAAAUUCGGCAUGAUUUUGUACUUUCAAAGCAAGAGUUUGUUGAUUCAUAUUGGGAAACACUAGAGUGCUGUUAUUCAACAGCUGGCUUGGCUGACCCGUUGAGUGCCUUCCCUGGCAGUUCUGUCCCUGAGGUUUCUCAUCCUCGUUCAUGGAGUACACUUAGAGUCAUGACUACUGAACAACGUCUGGAAUUGCAACAGCGUAUUAUGAAUGUCAGUGAGAAGGGGAAAAUUCCUUUUAAGGACUGUGUUAGAAUAGCAAGAGAAUUGAAUCUCUCUGUAGAGCAGGUACUUCGCCUUUCAUAUGAAAGGCAAUCUCGGCUCCGUGAACAGCCCAGCGUUACUGCUAAACAAAAGCAGCAAAGGGUUAGUUCUGGAUUGACUCCUAAGAGAAGAAAGAGACGUGCUGAUGGGACCAGCCUGAAGCUUCUUAAACGUAAAGUACAAGCAAGUGGAUCUGCUGAACAAAUAUUGGGGCAACCUACUCUUGAUGAAGAUGUACCAGAGACAAUGUCUUCAUCAUCCAUUGACCAUGCAAACAAAAGUGAUCAGCCCGUGUCCAGAACUGACGGCGCUUCCACAUAUCAGGCAGAUGAAGAUAAGGAAACCAGUCCAAUGAUCAGUCGAUAUGCUAUCUUAAGAAAGAGCUGCAUGAGAAGUAAAAGAUUCUUUUGGACAUAUGAAUCUGAUAGAAAACUGCUGAUGAUAUACAUUAGAGUGCGUGCAAUACUUGGAGCAAGAUGUUAUCGUGUAGCUUGGAGCUCUCUCUCUGAUCUUCCAGCUCCACCAGAUACAUGUCGCAGAAGGAUGGCAGUACUAUUGAAAACAAACGAAAAGAUAAGAGGAGCUGUCAUGUGUAUAUGUAACCUUCUUGGGAAACGGUAUGCUAGAUAUCUUGAAAUGGAAAGGAGAUUGAAAAGGAGAAGAUUGCUUCCCCAGAUUUCCGAAAGUAGUCACGAAAACAGUUUGGAUUCAGAUUGUGAGCAAUUCAAUUGGGAUGACUUUGAAGUUCCAGAGAUAAAGAGUGCACUUAAUGAAGUCCUUGAAUUAAUUCAAACAGAAAAAGUAGAUCAGACCAAGAGAAUUGGGCCUAUGAAUAAAAAGAACAUUAAUAAUGAUAAUGAUGUCACAAAGGACACAAUAUGUUCACAGGAACUGCCGAAUAAUCAGGCUAUACGAGGUGAAACCAAAAUGAGUUCAGUUUCAGAAAGCGGUCUCUGCGAUCUUGAAAAAUCAUGCGGACAUUCAAAUGCAGAAAGUGAAAACAUGGAUAUCUGCUGCAAACCCCAAGAAAAGAUCAUUAAGGAUCACAGAAAUAGGAUUAUUGAAAGAGGUAUAUGGAAAUCAUUGGCUGUUGCAAAUGCAUUGGAGCUUCUGAAGUUGGUUUUCCUCAGCAAAUCAUUAGGAUCAAACGUACAAGCUUCACUUGCGGCUACACUGCAGCUUUAUUCAGAGAGCGAGAUUUUUACUGCUGUUUCCUUUCUUAAAGAAAAAAGAUUCUUGGUUACUGGGAGUGGUGGGAAGCCGUACACUCUUUCUUCACAAUUCUUAACCAAUGCUUGUUGUUCACCUUUUCCAUUUGGUUCAGGAAAAAAGGCUUCUGCAUUCUCUAAUUGGCUUAUAGCUCAGCAAAAGAAUACUACAGACAAUGGAGUUUAUUUGUAUCCAGACAUACAAUGUGGAGAACUUGUUCAUCUAUUCUCUCUGGUUUUGUCAGGAAACCUUCUCAUUUCACCUUUCUUGCCUAGUGAAGGAGUUGGUGAGGCUGAUGAGCCUAACAGCUCUGGUCCUUUGGUCGUAGAUACCAGUGAUUUAGGUGACAACAGCCAGAAGCGCAAGGCUGAUACGGUGAAACUGAAAAGUGGCAAGGCUAAGAAACAGAAGCCUUUGCCAAAGAUAGAAAGUGACUUUUGCUACCGCCGGGAGAAAGGAUUCCCUGCUAUCCAAAUAGGUCUAAAUCUUCAUAGAACUCAAACAAGCAAUUUCUCACAAGAGUCACAUGGUAAAGAAUCCUCUAUUUUUAUUUCAAGCUGGGCAAUGAGCACAAAGAAUGUUGAUUUGCAUGCAGAAUGGCACAUCAUGCCAUCGUUUUCAAAUUGCUUAAGUUCAUAUAGGCAUUUAUUGUCUGAAUCUCAGUUGGAGAACUCUUAUAGUGGAUGGCCUUGGGAUGCUAUGAAAAAAUAUGCAGAAGAGUUGCAUUCAGUAUUUGAGCAGCGAAGUGAAUUGUUCACAUUGUCUCCUGAACUGUUCAGGAAUGCAUUUUGUAUUAUUCAUCAAGCUGGUGGGCAAGGGGUUACUUUGAGAGAACUGUCACAGGCACUGCAUCCAUUAGCCAUGCAGUUGGUCUUAAUAAUUGUUGACACUCUCAAGAGAUUUCAGCUGGCUGUUAAGGUCAAUGCAUAUGAUGGUGUUCAGAUUGUGGACUCAUUACAUUCGGCAAAGUAUCAUAUAACUACACUUGCAGAAUGUGAUAAUUGCUGCUGUACAGAUCCUUCAACUUCUCAAGUUGCUGAUAAUGAAAACACAAAAAAUCUACUGGAAGAGAAGUAUACCAGGCCUGUUAAUUUUGCUGGUCCUAUAAAAAUGUUUGGUGAUGGGCACACAGUGACAGUAAUUAAUGUUCAGAGCAAAUUGAGCUCACCUCAUAUUUACAGCAAAGAUCCUGGGGAUGAGGAAAGGCUAUCUACUCCAGGAGAGAACAAUAAGGAGAGUAGUUGCUAUCAUAAUUGUGAAAGGCACUGUUAUCAGCCUAUAUUACCAUGGAUAAAUGGCGAUGGUAGCACUAAUAGCACUCUCUAUGAAGGUUUGAGUCGCCGAGUUAUUGGUUAUGUCAUGCACUAUCCUGGACUAAUGGAGGAAGAUGUUAUCCGUCGGAUGGAUGUAUUGAAUCCUCAGACUUGCAGGACCCUGCUAGAAAAGCUAACGCUUGAUGGGUACCUUCAUGUUCGGGUGUUUGAAGAACCUGUGCCAAUGGCUCCGACCAUACUGCAGGGUUUGUUGAAGCAACACUCUAGUAAAGAACCAUCAAAAUGUGUGAAGCGCUACUUCGCAAACCCAAUGAGCACAUUACAACUGUAACUGAAAGAAUAGUUUAACUUUGUUCUAGAUCUAGAGUCGUGAGUGCAUCAUGAUUUGGAAUGUUUAAAUGAUACCCUCCCCAGAAGUGCUAAGGGCCUUGCAGAACUGAACCAUCAUCGCUUGUCCGUUUUCAAGGCGUGCUUGAUCUAAGACACUCAGUCCCAGGCCGCUGUUGUCUCUGAGUUCUGCCGCUGUUAGUUCAUGCAUGAAGGUGGUGUUUGGUUGAAGGGUAA